CCCCCCCCCACCAACCCCUCGGCCGUGUAUAAAUGGGCGGUGGGAGAAGGCACAGCACCGAUGAUGAUGGCGUUUCCCUGUCACCCUGACAUCAGCGGCUACUCGGUGAUGUGAGCUGAGCUCAGAACCUCAGACCCAGGCUCAGAAUCUCAGGAUUUCAGGUCGGGGCUUCGCGAGACAGUGAUGAUGAGGGGUGCUCGCCACCCGGGUGUGACGGUGGUGGUGCACGCGGACAGUCAUCAGUGAGCGCAUCGCAUCUGCCUGCUCUUCAGGAGAAGGUGAAGUGCAGCGCUGGUCCUGCCGCAGCAGGUCUGCUCAACGCGAGUGGCCUUCGAGGGGCUUCGAGGGGCUUCGAGGGGCUUUUCUCUGUCUCUGUCGCGCCAGCCAUGUAACGUCCCGUUAAUUUCGUGUGCACUAGUUAAUGAGCAUUAAUCUGGUACCCCGGACGCCUUUGUUUUGGGGUGGGGGGGGCCGCAUUUCAACGUAAAUGGGCGACGUUGUUGUAAAAUCCAAGGUGCUUAUUAAAGUGAUCAUGCGUGUCUCGGCUUUUCAGGAAUUCGGCCGCGCGGCACUGGGCGGCUGCUCGGCGGCGGUUGCUGCUGCUGCUGCUGCUGCUGCUCCUGCUGCUGCUCCUGCUGCUCCUCCUCACACCGACCAAGUUGGGCACCGACGAAAACGCCGCGAAAAUGGCGAGUUCCGCUCCUCUGGAGACGGUCAUGUCCAUGUCCUCCUCCUGCCCCAGACUCGAACCCCGGAGCGGAGCCUCGGCGCCUCCCAAGGCGCUCGCCUUCUCCAUCGACCGGAUCAUGUCCAAGAGCUCGGACCCGAAGGGCUCCUCCUUGCACGGCCCCGCCGCCGUGGACGCGCCCGAGGGCAGGAAGGUGCUGGGCGUGUGCUCACCUGUGCCCUGCGUGAUCCCGCUGCAGCCGCUCGGCUACGACCUGCACGCCAAGGCGCUCAUGAACUACUCGGACCUGUGGAAGGCUGGAUUCCGGGGGACUCUGUGCGCGUCCGCGGCCACGUGCAAGGCGAGCUGCGGGCUGUGCGGCAAAGCGGACCCGGGUUCGAGGGCGCCCUUGCUGCCGCGCACCACGGUGAUCAAGCCGCAGGUGCUGCACCACACCGUGGCCAUGCCCACCAGCGCCUCCCUCUACUACUUCAACUACCUGGAGUCCGGCUGUCACGACCUGCUCGGCGGACGCUUCUUCUCCCCGCCGGGCCUCGCGAGCCCCGGCGCGCCCACGGCGCUGGGCGCGCGGCGCACGCUGCUGCUGCUCGAGAGCGCGAAGCUGGCCGCCGGGGGCGCGGCGGCGGCGGCUGCGGCGGCUGCGGCGGCGGCGGCGGCCGCGGACACGUUCCCCACGCCGCAGUACCCCCACAAGGAGCACCUGCCCGGGCAGCUGGACCAGCUCGUGAAGGAGGGCCACGGCGCGAGCGCGGAGAAGCAGGGCGCGAAGACGCACGGCAAGCAGAGCCACGCGCCCGCCGAGGGCAAGCCGAAGAACUUCACGUGCGAAGUGUGCGGAAAGGUGUUCAACGCGCACUACAAUUUAACCCGUCACAUGCCGGUGCACACGGGCGCCAGACCGUUCGUGUGCAAGGUGUGCGGCAAGGGGUUCCGACAGGCGAGCACGCUGUGCAGACACAAGAUCAUCCACACACAGGAAAAACCUCACAAAUGCAAUCAGUGCGGAAAAGCCUUUAACAGGAGCUCCACGCUAAACACGCACAUACGGAUCCACGCAGGAUAUAAACCUUUCGUUUGCGAAUUCUGUGGGAAAGGCUUCCACCAAAAAGGAAAUUAUAAGAACCACAAACUGACGCACAGCGGGGAGAAGCAGUACAAAUGCUCCAUCUGCAACAAGGCCUUCCAUCAGAUCUACAACCUGACCUUCCACAUGCACACACACAACGACAAGAAGCCGUUCACGUGUGGGACCUGUGGAAAGGGCUUCUGCAGGAACUUUGACUUGAAGAAACACAUGAGGAAACUGCACGACAGCAGCUCCUGCGUGACGAGCGACUCCUCCAGGGGCCUGCAGAGCUGAGCCAGGAGGAGCUGCAGACACCUCGAGCGCUACUGUAAAUAACUCAUCUGUUAAAGGAAAAAAAACAAAAAAAAAACAAAAUGAGAACAAAUCAAAAAACCCCAGCGGAAGGAAUUUCAGGUCAUAUAUUUUUUAUUUUUCAAUCGCAUUUAAGCGUUAAGGGCCAGUUUGGCAAAAUUACAUUGUAAAUAUUCUGGAGAAAAAAAAAAAAUUGUUAUUUAAAAUGUUAUUUACCAUUAAUGUAUUUUCAUGGUUUUGUAAUGUAGAGCUCGUUCGCGGGCCAGUACUGUAAUGAAGUGCACCGUAGACGUUUUAUAAAUAAAUAACUUAUAUGUUUAAUGAAUGUGUGUGAGAAUUUGGGAGCAUUGCCGUUUAUAAAUGAAGUUAAAUAUCUUAAAAACUUAAUUAAAAAAAUUAUUGCACACAUGAUGGAAUUUCUUUAAAAAGAGAUGCAUUUUAGGAUUUUUCUUAUUAUUGUACUUAAGUAUGUGCUCUCUGCGGGAGACGGGACUUGUUGAAAUAAUUUAGCUUUUUUACCGUCUUUGUUAGAUAAUGAGAAAUAUGUUAAAGAUCAUCUCGAUCUGAAAUGCAUCGGGUAACUAUUUUCUUAAUAAAUGUUCAUUUUAAAAGCGUUUCCAUUUUAGAAAUCAUUUUUGUGAGUGAAUUUGAGAGGGAUAAGAUGUAAACAAAUUAUCAGCUGGAAUCAGGACUUAAAGAUUGUCGAUUAUCUUUUAAUAAAAUCAGAAGAACAAUGAGGGAAAGUGGCCUUGACCGUAGUAAAUUAAAAAUAGUACAGGAGGGCAGUAAAAAUCACGGUAAAUGAAACAGGGUUUUGCGGCGCUGCGACCUCGUCCGAUACGAAUUUAAUUAAAAAAAAAAAAAACAUCACAUUGUACUAUUCGCACUUUGUGAAACAGGAGCAAAGACAAUAUAAAUGAGUAAAGACUAUUUGAGGAGCUUUUGUAAAUUUAACUUGUAAAGAUACACGAAAAAGGAAUUUCUUUGUAAUCAUGUUGAAGUUUCCCCCUUUUUCUUUAACAAAUUCGAUGCGGAGUUAGAAGACAAACGUUUUAACAGCAAUAAAUAAAACAAAAAAAUUAAUUUAAAUUAAACAUGACACGACAGGCCGUGGCGAAGUGCAGUGGCAGGAAUGCGAACAUAUAAAACGGAGACACGAGAGAGUAAGAAGCGAACACGUAAAUCAUGUAAGACAAUUUAAUACAUUAUUUUCGUAUGUUUCUGUCUGCGAAGUAAAUGCUCAGUUGGCCUGAUAUUAUUCGUUCAAAUAAAAAAAAAUAAAAUAAAAAAAACCUAUACAACUGUACCAUGGCCGCCCGCGCGCGCACGAGCAC